AUGGUCACGAGAAAGAGGAAAGUCCGCAAGUCCAAGAAAGAGGCGUUCCAAUCAGUACUGUUAGCUGCCAGGCCCUGCCAAGAAUCCAUUCCACCCAAGUCUGAUGUCUCAAAUACCUCCACAGAGGAUCAAGAAUGCAGUUUGCCACCGUGCCAAAAGCGUAAGAUCCAGCUGUUCGUGAUUAGUUCCUCGACAUCACCAGUCUGUCUGCAACUACAUCCGUCCACUACUAUCUCAGCAUUGAAAGGAUUACUACAAGACAAAGUGGGGAUUGAACCAGAGAAACAACAUCUGUUUACCAGGAGAAACUGUGAGCUCCGUGAUGACCUCUCCUUGGGGAAUUAUGGGAUUGAGCAAGACACCAACAUAGAGUUACGUCUAGUGUCUGGGUUGAUGGGAGGAGCUGACAAACAGAAAACAACAGGGGAAAGGAAGACAAACAAAAAGCGAAGGAAAUCUGGGAAGACAUCUUCCUCUUCAGAGGACAUACUUAGGGAAAGUAACUCUGAUGAAGAAGGUCAAGUGAGGUCAACUGAUGGGUCGGUGGAUUCCCCUACAACAACAAGCGACCAAUCAACGGGGAAAAGGAAGAGAAGAAGACGGCGAAGACAAAAACAUGCCAAAAUGGAGCCAUCCUGUGAUGAAGCCAAAAUAUCAACCAGCCUAGAUCAAGAUGACACUGGAGAUUCACAAACCUGCACUUCAACCGCUGGUGUCUCGGCUUCAAAUUUCGACAAACUUGACCUGUUUCUGUGGAUUCUAUGCCUCCCACUGAUCACAAUCCAUGUCAUCCUGAGCAUUUGGUCUCCUCGCAUGAUUCAAGUCACCUCCUCAUCUAAAGACGGCAUCAAUGGACGAACAUCCUCAGGUGCCCGAGAAAAAAAACAUUCCGAUGACUCUGGGCACUCUUCAACUUCAGCAGCAAAACCUGGGAGAAAGAGGACAAGAAGUCGACGACAAAGAAAAGCAAGACAAAAAUUGUCAUUAGAUGAAGCGGAAAGACAAACUACCUUAAAUGAUGACAAGCGAGAUCACUCAGAUGUCCCGGCGGAUUCGUAUACAUCAGCAGGAAAACCUGGUAAAAUACAAAGAAGAGGCAUCACUAAGAAAAAUUCAAGAAAGAGAACAAAACACCAAAAAGUUGCCAAGAAAUCCCUAUCUGCCGAAGAAGCCAUCGAUAAAACAAGCAAAGAUGAUAAAGCUGAUGAUAAGUUGGUCAACUCAAGGGAUUCCACUGUCUCCUCAUCAGCCAAGACCACUGCUAAGAGAAACAACCAAUCAAAAGGGAGAAAGAAGACAAAGAAACAGACAAAUGCUGACAAGAAACCAUCUUGUGAAGAGAAAAAAGAUUCCCAAAUUCAGCUGUUUGUGAUUAGUUCUUUGAGAUCACCUGUAUGUCUGCAACUGCAUCCGUCCACUACAAUCUCAGCAUUGAAAGGAUUACUACAAGACAAACUGGGGAUUGAACCAAAGAAACAACAUCUAUAUACAAGGAAAAACCAUGAGCUCAAGGGUAGAAUGUCCCUCAAAGAACUUGGAAUUCAGCAAGACACCAACAUAGAGCUACGCUUAGUGUCUGGGUUGAUCGGUGGAGCCGAUGAUGAACAGAAAUCAGCAGGAGAUUCACCAGAAAGGACUGACAAUGAUUCAGGGAGGAGACAAAAGGGAAAAAGAAAAGCCACCAAGAGAAGGACAAGCCGUGGCGGUGAAGAAAAUGCAGAUAACUCAGAUGAUACUUCCAUCUCCUCAGCGGUUAAGGCACCCACUGGUCAGUCAUCAGGGGAAACACAAGAACAAAAGCCAGAACCGCCAAGAGAAAAAAAUGAUUCAGCAACGAAACGAAAGGGAAAAAGAAAAGAUGCCAAUAGAAGGACAAGCCGUGGCGGUGAAGAAACCAUGGAUAACACGAAGGAUUCUGGUCACCCAUCAUGGGAACAACAGAAACAAAAACAAGAAAUGCCAAUGAAAGAAAAUGUCUCUGGAAGGAGACAAAAGGGAAAAAGAAGAGCUACCAAGACAGGGACAAGCCGACAAGGGACAAAUUCUGAUAACUUACAGGAUUCUUCCAUCUCCUCAGCAGUUAACGCACCCGCUGGUCACCCAUCAGGGGAACGACAAGAACAAAAACUAGAACAGCCAAUGAAAGAACAUGACUCUGGGAGAAGACGAAAGGGAAAACGAAAAGCUAUCAAGACAGGGACAAGCCGUGGCAGUGAAGAAAAUUCUGAUGACUUAGAGGAUUCUUCCAUCUCCUCAGCAGUUAACGCACCCGCUGGUCACCCAUCAGGGGAACGACAAGAACAAAAACUAGAACAGCCAAUGAAAGAACAUGAUUUUCGGAGAAGACGAAAGGGAAAAAGAAAAGCUACCAAGACAGGGACAAGCCGUGGCAGUGAAGAAAAUUCUGAUAACUUAGAGGAUUCUUCCAUCUCAGCAGUUAACGCACCCGCUGGUCACCCAUCAGGGGAACGACAAGAACAAAAACUAGAACAGCCAAUGAAAGAACAUGAUUCUGGGAGAAGACAAAAGGGAAAAAGAAAAGCUACCAAGACAGGGACAAGCCGUGGCAGUGAAGAAAAUUCUGAUAACUUAGAGGAUUCUUCCAUCUCAGCAGUUAACGCACCCGCUGGUCACUCAUCAGGGGAAACACAAGAACAGAAACAAGAACAGCCGAGGAAAGACGAUAUUGGGAGGGUGCAAAAGGGAAAAAGAAAAGCUGUCAACAAAUCACCAUCUGAAGUAGAAACCGAUGCGAAGAGCCAGGAUAAUACCAAGCAAGAGAUCUUACAUGAUCCAGGAAAUUCCUGCUCAUCGGCAGCUGUCGGUACUUCUGCUAGCACCUUGUCAGAGACUGUUGCUAGGACAAGAAAGACGAGAGAAAGACAAGAAACUGCUGGCGGUGAAGCUGAAGAAUCACAGCAAAAGACUGUAGCAAGCGGCAAACAGCAAGUUGACACAGGAAGUUCCCCUGCCUCAACAUCAGUCACUACCUCAUCAGGCAGCCGAUCAAAAGGGAGGACGAGGAGGAGGAGAAAGAAACGGAAAAAUCCCGAGAAGAACCCAGAGGAUGGAGAUUCUCAGGUUCUUGAUCUUGAUCGACUCCAGCCAGAGGAUCAGAACGUUGCUGAUGUCAUGGAAUUGAACAUGCAACAAGGAAAAGGGACUGCACUUGAACAACAGAGACCAAAAGAUCAGAAAACUGAGGAAAAAGACAAUCACAAAGCGUUAUCAUCAUCUGAAACACAAAGUAUGGACCGGGAGAGAGAUUAUGGCCCAGACAGAUUUAAAGCAGAUGAUUUAGGUAGGCAUCAGAAGGAAAUGACAUCACCUGAGCAUCCACUGAGAUGCAAGCAGGAUGAUGGUCCAGACAGAUCACCGCAGUUCAAAAACCAAGAAGCAAGAAGCCAAAAUGCAAAAGAAGAACCCGUCAAACAGAGCUGUCAACAACGGCUAACAGUACCUGAGAGACACGCAGUAAGGCAGGAGCAGAUUAUUGAGACAGAAAGACCUCAGCAGGAGCCAGGGGUCGGAGAGCGGGGCUUCCAGCAAGUGAGUGAAGCAUCACCUGGGCAACUCGGACACGAGCUGAGUUCUCAUCAAGGGAUAGCAACACGUGAGAACCAGGGAGUUAGGCAGAAGCAAGCAAGUCACCAUGCACAAAAAGAGCGCGAUGAUGAUCUUUACGGGCCGGACCCAAAUAUACAGUCAACAGUAGGAGAACAGUGCCCUCAAGAAGAGGUGAUGACACCUGUACAAGACAAAUCUCAAUCUGACCGACUUCGCAAGGGGAAUUUGUCUCCAGAACAAUUGCAAGGAGGCACGGAAAAUGUCCAGCAUCCUCUAAAACAACAACCUGAGGUUAGAAGCCAAUCAGUACAAACAAGUCAAGAUACAAGUCCAGACACUGUUACAUCACGCACUGACGUAGACAGCCCAUCAUUACAAACAAGUCAAGAUACCAGUCCAGCCACCGAUGCAGCAGCAGAUGCUGCAGCGGAUCUGUGUGAAGAGGCACUCAAGAAGGUAUACAAGACCACGGGCAGUUACGUGCAAAUGAUUCCAUGGGUUGAUGAUGACAUGAUGCAUAUAAUGGAUAUAUAUACUAAGUUAAGAUUAGUCACUGAUGAGUUAGAAAUGAUAUGUAAGGGGUAUGAAGAUGGGGAGGAGGUGACGUAUGAGGGUGCUUUCCUUAUUAAAAACGAAGAUGGUGUUGUUAUCAAUCGAAUAAUUUAUGAAGGGUUGGCGGGUCUGGGAAAAACAACUCUGAUUGGGAAAAUUGCACACGACUGGGCGACUAUCUCUUCUGGCCCUCUGGCAAAAUAUAAGCUUGUUUUUGUUCUGAGAAUGAGUGCACUGGAACAAACUACAGAUCUCAUUGAUUCUCUAUAUGAGCAGCUAAUCGAUCCAAACAUUAUCAAUAAAAACGACCUGAAAACCUUUAUUUUCAAGAAUCCUAAAAAGGUGUUAAUUCUUCUGGAUGGCUUUGAUGAGUUGAUGACCACCAAGCUCGAUAAUAAAUCAUUUGGCUCCAUCCUACAAAUUCUAAACCGAAAGGUUGGAGCAGACAUUGAUGUGGUGAUAACAACCCGCACCUCUCAUUUUGGCACAUUGGUCAGCAGAUCACUGGUUGGAAAACCUUUCACCCAUGUAAAGGUUAUGGGCUUCCUUGAGGAAGAUGUUGAGAAUUACUUGGGAAACUUUUUUUCUAGAAGCCACCAUGAUGCCGAGACUCUUUUCCAAACCAUUAAAUCAUCAGGUGUUCUUUUUGAUUUAGCCCAUAGCCCAAUGCUGCUCCUUUUAAUGUGUUUAUUAUGGAGACAAGAUUCCAGACUUCCAAACACAAUAUCACGCUUAUAUGGCAAGGCUCAAAAAUACAUAUUCAAGAGAAAAGGUAUACCAGAGGAGGAAAUACCAAAGAUCCUUGUUGCAAUCGGAAAGGUUGCUUUCCAUGGCCUGGUGUCUCCAGUGCAGCGGCUUUCAUUUCAAGACAGAGAGUUUGAGAAGUAUGUGCUUGAUAAAGCUCUGAAGGCUGGCAUCCUCACAAGCCAGAGGGUCUUAAUAGGGUUGGACACUCAUAACAACAUACAGUUUAUCCACAAAACAAUUCAGGAGUUCUGUGCUGCUGUUUACCUGCAAAGCUUACAGAAAUCAGACGCUGACGAAUUUCAAAAGAAUCUUAAUGAACUCGAUGACAUGGAGAACUUUCACUAUCUGCUGCGCUUUUGUUGUGGUGACAAUGAAGCAUGCACUAUUAAAGUCUUGCAGAUGUUGCAGAAGAGGAUCAAUGAUGAGAGAAGGCUUACCUGUACCCAGAGGACUGAAAAUACAGCAUUAAACAUGGCCUUGAAUUGUUACUUUGAGAGUCAGGCAGAAAACAUAUUAUCAGAGGCAUUUAUAAACUCAGUCAUAACUGAAACGAUACACACAAAAGAUCUCAAAAGCCAUGAUGAUGUGAACUCCUUUGUGUGGUUUCUCAAACAUGUUGCUAACCAGGCAAAGUACACAGGUAAUAUUUACCUUGACAAAGUUAAGGGAUUAUAUUUCAAUCACCAUAGCUUGGAAAGGUGUACUGAAGAUUUGGCAUUCGCCAUUUACAACAUGCCUAAUAUAUCUGUUGUCAGAUUGUCGGGAUGCUCUUUAACCACGAAAAGUAUGACAGAAAUUGCUUCAUCACUGAGUAAGGCUGACAAGUUGACUGAAUUAGACCUUUCGCACAAUGAAGCUUUAAGGGGUUUUGUGCAUUCAUGGAUGCCACUGUUAAACAAAAUGCAUCUGCGGAUUUUGAAGCUGGACGGCUGUCUGACGGUUGAUGAUAUAAAGCACAUUGCCCUAACACUAAGUGAUAUGCCAAACUUGAUGGAACUGAGUGAGACGGGACUGAGUGAGAUAGGACAUUUACGGAUAAACCCAUUGGGUUGUGGUAUUAUGCUGGACCUACACGGGAUGUCAUUAAAUGGUACAGAAAUGAAACUCAUCUUGAAGGCACUGGUUAACAGAAAAGACUUAGUUGCAUUGUACAUGUCUCAAAUUGAGGGACUGCAAGGUACAGCAGCAUUAUGGACUUCUCAGUUCAAGGAACUAAAGCAACUAGACAGGUUGAAUUUUGAAAUGUGUAAACUAACAAGCACUGAUGUUCAGCUCAUUGUUGCAUCCCUUUAUGAUACGCCGACACUGACUCAACUUCUCCUGUCUGGAAAUUAUAAUUAUUGUAGUAAAGAUGAUGUUAAGUGCAUUGCUUCUCUAAUUGGCCGUUUGACAAAGCUCACCUUAUGUAAAGUCAAUCAAUGGUUUCAAGUCUCACCACGUGGUACGGGUUUGGAGAUAAAACUCUUGAGUCGGAUGUUCACCAGUGCUGAUGUGGUAGAUAUUGUGAAUGCCAUGAGUAGCAGGAGUGACAUAGUUCAAGUGGUAACUGAUGAUGUGAAAGGACUUGGUGGUACAGCAGCUGAGUGGUCACCUACAUUACGAGAACUGAAAUUUCUAGAGCAAUUACACAUACGAAACUGCUCAUUAACAGGCACAGACAUUGAAAUCAUUGCUGCAUCACUGAACUCUGAAGCCAUCGCUGCAGCACUAAGUGACAUACCAACUCUGGUUGAACUGGAUCUGUCUGGAAAUUUUAUGCUGGCUGGCUCGGGUGCAUGGUCUCACCUAAAGCGCCUGAAACAACUGAAAAAACUGGUCUUAAAAGAGUGUUGGUUGUGUGAUGCAGACAUUGAACCCAUCACUGCAUCACUUAGUGACAUACCAACUCUGGUUGAACUGGAUCUGUCUGGAAAUGAAGAUCUGAGUGGCUUGGAUGCAUGGUCUCACUUAAAGGGCCUAAAACAAUUGAAAAAGCUGUCCCUGAGGGAGUGUUCAUUGAGAGAUGCAGACAUUCAACACAUUGCUGCAUCACUUGGUGACAUACAAACUCUGGUUGAACUGGAUCUGUCUGGAAAUGAAGACCUGAGUUGCUCGGAUGAAUGGUCUCACUUAAAGGGCCUAAAACAAUUGAAAAAGCUGUCCUUGGGGGGGUGCUCAUUGAGUGAUGUAGACAUUGAACGCAUCGCUGCAUCACUUAGCAGUGUUGUAGUCGAGUCCACCACGUGCGAGUCCGGAUUCUGA